UUUCAAAGGUGAUAAAAUUAAGAUAAGGUUUCAGUUUUUUAUUGCUAUAUAACAAAAUACCCCAAAACCUAGCGUGCACAAGUAAACUUGGAGUAAAACAUCAACAGCUUAUUGUUUCUCACUGUUCUGUGGGUUGACUGGGUUCAAGUGGUUCUGCUCCACAUGGCAUUGACAGGGGUCGUCCGCUUGGCUUCCUCAUUGAGCUGGGCUGGAGAGUCCAAGAAGGCUACACUCACAUUUUUGGUGUGUUGGUGCUCCUCCAUGUGGUCUCUCAUAUAUGCCUAGACCUCUUAAAGGCCAGGCCCAGAACUGGUAAAAUGUCAGCUCUGCCAUGUUCUAGUGAGCAGAGCAACCACAAGUCUUGUUCAGGGAAAUGGAUGGAUUCUAUAUCUUGAAGGAUUAAGCAGCCCACAUGUAGAGAGAGAAAAAAUUAAUGUGUCCAUCUUUGGAAACUAUCUGCUACAGAUAGUGGUAGCGCAGCAUAGAUCUACUAACAGAAUCAAGCACAAACUUAUGUUUUAAAAUCAGUUUGUUGGAGGCCGUGCUACGCCAAGCCCUGCGCGUGAACAGCUGCGGCAGGGGCAGCAUCCAGCGGCGGUGCCAGCAGUUCCAGCCCGUUGCUUUACUUUUUAGCUGCACCAACGUAGUCAUUAUGCCGAAGAGAAAGUCUCCAGAGAAUCCAGAGGGCAAGGAUGGAUCCAAAGUAACUAAACAGGAGCCCACCAGAUGGUCUGCCAGGCUGUCAGCGAAAGCUGCUGGCCCCAAACCUGAACCUAAACCAAGAAAAACAUCUGCUAAGGCCCUUAUCCUGUGCAUAGAUCCUCACAUGAGCCCUACUGAGAAAGAACUGGCAACAAAGGUUAAAAAAGGUGCUAAAGGGAAGAAGGAGGAAAAGCAAGAAGCUGGAAAGGAAGACACAGAAAACUGAAUCUGUAAACGAAAGAGAAUGAUUUGUCAUGAAAAUUGGGGUUGAUUUUAUGUACCUCUUUGGACAACUUUUAAAAGCUAUUUUUACUGAGUAUUUUGUAAAUGCUAAUUUUUUAGGACUCUACUAGUUGGCAUACAAAAAUAUAUAAGGAUGGACAUUUUACCUUCUCAUAGUCAUGAUUUUUUGAGAUUCCCAUCAUCCUUGAGUAAAAUAAAUACCAAUUUAGUAUAGGAAGCUGUCUGUAAAAUUGAUUCACCAUUCCAUGCACUUGCUUUAAAAAUUUAGUCCUGUGCAUACUGUGGUGUUUUUACUGUGUAUUUGAAUUUUUUCAUGCAGUUCUUCUAGAGCAAUAAUCAGUGGUGCUUUUGUACCUAGGUUUUAUGUGAUUUUAAUGAAACAUGGAUAGUUGUGGCCACCUGCUGACUAUUUGUGGUUUAAAAUAAAAGGUUUUCCUGUCUGCAAAAAAAAAGUAAAUAAAAUAAAAUAAAAUAAAAUCAGUUUGUCUAAGUAAAAUAAAUUAGAA